AUGACCUUCACUGGAAGCUGCAUGUGCGGCGGUGUUACUUACGCCAUCGAAGCUGACACAUACCUGGCCGCCCUGUGCCAUUGCACCGACUGCCAGAAGUGGUCCGGCGGUGCAUUUACCUCCAAUGCAGUCGUUCCCCGCACUAGCUUCAAAGUGACAAAGGGUACCCCCAAUUCCUACGAUGCAGUUGGAGACAGUGGAAAGAUCAAUAAGCACUUCUUCUGCCCGACUUGCGGCUCAAGUAUCUACACAGAGCUGGAGAUCAUGCCCGAUAUGACUUGUGUUAAGGCUGGAACCCUGGAUGGUGGGGAGGCUAAUCUCAAAGGAAAAGUUGAUGUCGAGUUCUAUGUUAAGGACCGUCCGGCUUACCUCGCUGCUGUUGAGGGUGCUAAGCAGGAGCAGUUGCUUGGUUGA